CUUGAUUAUCUUCUUCAUCUCUCUGUAUUAUUGUAGAAUAUUGAGAAGUGUCUUCAUUUUCCUGAUAGCAGCUGCAUCUCAGAUGCCACAAAUGGCGUACUUAUGACGCGCCCCGCUUCUUAGGGCGUCCAGUGUCAAGAUCCUCACCAAAUGGUGAGGGACUUGUCAUGCGCCAAACUAUCAACAAAACUAAGAGAUCUGUAUAUUCAUCUUGGUUCACCGCUCGCUCGAAAGCGCAAACCAGAAGAUCCGGUUUCCAACGGUAAAGACAGAAAUGGUUAUGGAGUCUAGUAAAAGUACGACAACAUUCGAGUGGCAUCCUCGCCGUGUUUUUGAGCAGCAGCAACAUGACGAGGACCCAUCAUCUCAAACAUUCUCGGUUGUGGUCCUCAACCAACCUAUUAGCAAUCUAUCUGUACUGCAAAAGCUUUGGGCAAAAUCAAGCUUCAGGGUAGCCGCCGAUGGUGGUGCAAACCGGCUGCUUGAAGCUUCGAAAGAUUUAGCCAACAAUUUGGAUGUAAUUAUCGGAGAUCUGGACUCCUUCACAGCCUUGAGCGCCGACUUCUACUCAUCCCUCCCUAGCCCACCACAAGUCAUCAAGAUAACAGAGCAAGACUCAACCGACUUUUCCAAAGCGGUCACCCAUAUCCGCUCCCAACCGGACAGGCCCAGUGACAUCGUGGCCAUAGGCGGGCUGGGUGGCCGAGUCGACCAGGGCCUCAGUCAGAUGCAUCAUCUGUGCAUAUUCCAGGAGGAUCCGAACUACGGUCAAGGCCGCGUGUACCUCGUAUCGGAGGAAAGUCUGACGUUCCUGCUCAAGCCAGGCAGACACAUGAUUUUGGUCCCGGACUGGGCAGGCCUGUUUGGGAAGCACGUCGGCGUCAUACCCAUCAAGGGACCGGCCGUGAUAUCGACCAAGGGGUUGGAGUGGGACGUGACUGAGUGGAGGACCGAGUUCGGAGGCCGCAUAUCGACCAGCAACCAUCUCUUGCCAGAGACCGAGGUCGUUGAGGUCGAAACUGACAAGGAUGUUGUCUUCACCAUCGCACUGAAGUAG